UCCAUGCGAUGGCCCUACUGUAUCAAGACCUUCGAGUCCAAAGCAUGAAAUUACGCUUCUACCUCCUUCCCAAUGACUCUUCCUUGAAAAAGGCUGUCCAUGAGCUUGAACUGACCUACUCUUCGCAAAGGGUUCGGAAACCACCUGACAUCAAGAAGGCUCUGAUGACUGGUUCCUGCUUCUCUCUGCAAAAGAUGACUGAUGUCACCAUCUGUCCAGAGGACUUGAAGUUUAAAUACUUGGAUGCAGACAUGGAACAACAGUACCUUGAAUUACAUGCUAAAGACAUGAAAGAUGAACUAAAUAUUUUCCUGAUUGAAAAGGACACGAAUGAAAUAGUCUGGAUAGCUGUCAUAAGAAAAGGUGAGUUUUGGCCCAGGGUGGAAUCCAUAACUCGGUGGGAUUUAAGGUUCAGAAAACUACGCCACUCAAAUUCUCUCUCUUUUCCUAUUUUCUUUCAGAGGACUUGAAGUCUACUAUUUCACCUCCCAUAG